GGUGCGGACAAUCAGCCAAGUGUGACAAGGAGAAGGGUGGAAUACAGACUACUUUAUACCAUCGUCUAUAUUGUUAAUACCUUCAGUACAGUACCUUCGCGCUGACUAGGAAUACUCGGUUGUCCUUUAACUCUGAGGUGAAACGGACAGACGCCUAACAAGAUGAAGGCCCUGCUGCUGGCCUCGGCGGUGGUGUUCGUUGUUGAGGCUCGAUUGAUCGUCCAGAUCAGUCAGAUUGUUCAUGAAGAUUCAUGUGAUGAUUUCGACGUCCCGCGAAAAAGUGAGCUGGAAUUAGCCAAAGAGAAGCUUUCGACGCUCUUGGAAGAGCUGGAAAAUCUGAGGCAGCAAAAUCAGACGUUGCAGAGCGUGGUGGAUGCGUUGCAGAUUGCACAAGAUGCCUACGAUGAUUUGCUGAGUUUGUUGAACGAAUUGCAAGCCGAGGGGGGGAGGAGGAGGAGGAGGAGGAAGCGCGCGGAUGUCAAACGGGGUGUGUGGUUCCCGUAGACUUUUGUGCGGUUUGCCAUU